AGUGUAUUCGGAGUAGGGUGUGGUUCCUGAACGUCACUCCCAUGCAGGGAGUUGCAGUGGACUUCCCCAAAGUUCACUUUCUGGAGUUGGAUCAGUCGCAAAAGGCGAUGCAACUUUGGUGCAUUUGACGCACAAUGGUAGCGGGGCAGUUCAGGCUUUUCUAAAGCUACGAAUGUGUCAUUUAACGCGUUUGUUAAAGCUGAGAAGGCGCAGAGAGAUGGACUGGCUGUGGGUUGUUUUUACCCUCAGUUUAAACUUUCAGCUCACUUACGGGUCCACCUCUUCUUUCGGCUUAUUCCAGGGGUCUGCACACACUGGAGCGGUGCACAGACACAGAAAUAGGAACUGGUGUGCCUAUGUGGUGCAGAGGAACGUGAGCUGUGUGGUGCAGGGGAGCCCGGAGAGCUUCCAGGAGCCUGUGGUGGCCCCCUGCCCGGCCUACAAGUCCGACUGCCAGCAACAAGUGACAUACCAAAUGCGGUUUCGACCAACAUACAAAACUGGCUACAAGACAGUCACAGAGAUAGAAUGGAAAUGCUGUCCUGGCUACAGAGGUCCAGACUGUAAGGAUGUAAAUCCACCCUUGGAUCGACAAACAGUGCAUGGACCACGGUCUUACCUCCCACUAAAUCCUGGAUUCUCGCCUAGACAUGCACCGAGGAGGGAGACCGCACCCUACGAGACUCGACAUGGCGCCACAGAUAAGGUGCGCCUUCUUGAAGGUGAAGUUCAGCGUCUCACUCAGACAGUCCAAGAUCUCCAGGCCACUCUAACAGGGUUAACUGAUAACUUACGCACAGACCUUCAGGAUGACACCAAAAAGAUGCUGGUGACGCUCCUAAACAACAUGCGGCCUACRGAUAAUAGCAGUAGUCCAGGCACUGAGGAAAGUCCGGCCGUGCUAGACGGUCAAGCUACCAGAGGUGGGAUUGCUGGAGUGAAAGCCCUGGAAAAAAUAGAAGCUCGUCUAGAUGAAAUCAACAUUGCACUGAAAAGUAAGGACAYGGCUUUGGAAGACCUAAAAGGAGUCACAACAAGUCACGAGGGACAGAUACGUGUCCUAAUGGCCGCCUCUCAGUCUCAGACCCCAGCCAUGGUAGAGUUUGAUGUCAUACAAACCUACGUCGAURGGAAAUUUGAGAAACUGAGGAAAGAGCUGGACCUGCAGGUGGAGGAACAGGUGGUCAAACUACAAGGCUUUUGUAACGACAAGAUUCAGGUCAUGCAGAAGACCUGUGAGGACAGCCAUGAUGAAGUUAUUGACAAGGUGACCAAGAUUUUAGAUACCAAGGAGGCUGAACUGAAAAAAGAGAUCCGAACACUGCGUCUAGACAUGGCUGCUGCAGACGGACCUGUUCGAACGCAAAGACAAACAGAACUACCCAACGAGAAUAAAGACAACAGUGACCAUAAGGACCUGUGGCGUGAAAUCGACCGUAUAGCUGAGGCUUACAGAAUCCUUAACGUCCGCAUUGACAACGAACUGGCUCAUUUGUCCUCGUUUCAGGACAUUGGCGAGUUUAGUCUAUUGAUUCAAGAGUUGGAGGCGCGUGUAAAUAUAACAGAACAAAAUGCAGAAACUCAUUGUUUCUACAUUGAACAGAAGUUAUCCCAGACAAUUGCAGAUGAAGUGGCUGCACUUCGACUGCUCCUGGAUGAACGUCUGAAUAGCAUUCAGGACCAGUUUACAAACGUGCUGGUGGAAAUGAACAACAACUCUUCCCCAGGAACAUUUGGUCACUCAAUGAAUGUCAUUCAGGCCGAAGUCAACAACAACAAGAUAAUCAUCCAGAAUUUGGAUGACAAAGUUAAUGCCAUAAAGAAGUCGUGCUCAGUAGGAUGUUCAGGCUCUGAAACUCCCGUACCUGAGGGACGAUCACCUGAUCGCAUCGGAAACAUUUUAAAGGACUUGAAUCGAUACAGAAAUGACUUGGAYGUGCUUCACACAAACGUCAGCUCGAACACAAACAAGCUCAGGCAAAUGGAGAACCUUAUUCAAAGGCAGUCAUCUGGAAAUGAAAAGCAUAUAAAGACAAUGGAGGACUUCCAGAAGGGGCUGAUUAACCUUCAAGAUAACGUUCUUGGCUUGGCUGGUGCUGUGACUGGGCUAAGUGACUCGUUGAGCAAAUACGACCAGGAUAUGCAGAAAAUAAACACAACAUGCUGCUAUCCAGAGCAGACGAACCACGGAAGAUCAGCCCAGGUCAACUGGGCUGCAGCGGACCCGGCCGGUCGUCAGAUGGGUGAGCUGAGGAACAGACUCGAUGUGCUCAGUAGACAGGUGUCAUCUGAACUGAGUCAAUGCAAAGAGACAACACAAGGUGUUUCCGAUGGAGUCUCAGCUGUGGAGGGACGCGUAAGCAAGCUCGAGAACGUUUGUGGAAAGUUAGACGGGGUGUCCGUCAACAUCGAAGAGCUUAAAGAUGGGCUGGAGAAACACAUUGAGAGUCUGAGGGACUGCGUCCAUAGGAUGAAUGCCACUUGUGAAAAUCAUGGAGCAGAUAUUGUUGUUCUGCAGAAUUCCUUGCAGAGACUUCAGGCUCAGAUGUCCGCUAUGGCCAAACACGGGCUGAAAGACGUUGCUGCUGAGGGGCCAGGACUUGCUCCUGCGCCCGAUUCGUCUCACAGYAGAACCCGAGUCAAGCAGAUCCACAUCCCCGUCAUCCUCCCUCCGCCGCCGUCCAGUCCCAACCAAGCAGCGCAGCCCAACGUCCACACCAUCAGGAUCACGUCGCCAAACCAGCUGACGACCCCCCAGCAGCAGCCGCGAGUCCCGACUCUGCUGCCCGUCAAACCCGUGAUGGAGACGGGAGAGGCCGGACCGCCAGGAUAUAUGCGCAGGGUCACCGUGCGCAGAGGGUCCGAGGAGUCUUCAAGCAACACUCUGAAAGGGUUCGCUCGCGCGCCGGGCUACUCUCCUCUGCAGGCUUCGUCUCUCCCACCUCAGCCAGACGCCCAGGGAGCAGCAAAUUUACCCUGGAACCCAACGCAUCAAGCUUCAUCUGAUUCACCAGUUUCAGUAGACAACAGGAUCUUUGCAGAUCCCUUCUCCUUCUCCGCCGGCCUCACGCAUCAGCCGCCUUUCUGGAGAGAUUUUGGCAUCAUUCGCUUCAACAAGGUGCUUGUUAACGACGGUGGACACUACAGUCCCCAGACAGGAAUCUUUACUGUACCACAAGAUGGUCGAUACUUGAUCUCAGGCCUGCUGACAGCGAAGCAGGGCGACAGAAUAGAGGCUGUGCUGUCCGUGUCYAACCGCAGCGUGAACAGGCUUCAGAGCUCAGCCGGCCCGUCCGAUCGUCAUCAUGGAACCUGCAGCUGCGGCGGCACCGUCUCCUUUAAUCUGAUACUUCCACUGAGGAAAGGGGAUCGGGUCAGUCUGGUGAAGACCCGAGGCCAGCUGGCCACAACUAUGACCGGGGAAGUCCUCUCCACCUACAACGCCAUCUUCCUGUACGGACCGCAGGCCAGGAGAUAGCUGGAGCUUAGCUCUACAGCGAGGACUAAAUUGUUAYCAGAUUUUUGGACUGGAUCGAAUGUUCAGCCGAUUUUUCCACUGAUUUGAUGUGAUUUAACUAUCGAACAUGCAAUGUCACUCUGAAGAUUCUAUUACAGGUUCAUUUAAAAUGUUACGUUGAGGUUUGAAAGCCUUUAGCGAGAAAGCUAAAUGUGAGGCAGGGUUUGUAUCUAAUAUAUUUGAUCAUGAAAUUGAGUUGUUUUUUGUAUCUGUUGUAAAUGACUGUACAAAUGUUUUUAACAAUUAAAUACAGAAAUUGCCAUUAUCUUUUAUCAGACAAUAUUCUAAAAGUUCGUUUUUUUAAUGCAAAUCAACCACUGGUGAUCUUUUGUACUGGUCAAGAAAUAAACUGUGAUUUGAAAAYUUUAA